AUGGGCAGAUCAGUCAGGGUUUCUCCAGGACAGUUCUAUCAGGAUCUCGAUUUCCGUGAACAGGGCGAUCCAAGGCUGUUUAUCACACAUUUCUUCAGCCCAGAUCUAUGCGGUAUUGUAUAUCUUGAUGAAAAUAACACUGUUCAACUUGUCAAAAUGUUGAAACUGCCAGAUGACGGAGAUUUUAAAGGUUUCAUUAAGGAAAAGAAAAUUAUUAAGAUGAGCAAAUAUUUGUUCAUAAGAAGCAAUCAACAAUCCCAAGAUGCGCAACCCAACAUAUUGGAGUUUUCCGAUGGUAGCAUUUAUAUUCGUUUUGCUAUCAUUUCAUUAGAAAUUGCAAGAAAUGGAUCACCAUAUUUUAAAUUUUAUAGAAGAUUGGAUCUUGAAGGUAAAUUUGUAAGAAUUACAAAUCAAUGGGUACGCGAGAUGGACAAAGAAAAUGCAAUCGGAAAUCAGUUUAUUUCUUUAUAUGUGAAAGGUAAUGAUCAUAAUGAAUAA